AUAGACAUUGUCGUGUCGAGUGACGAGUGUAGUGUAGAUUUGGCGAAGUGAUGUUGUUAAGAAAUUAAAAAUAUUUAGUGAUUAACUAGCAGUAAAGCGUGAAUUUAAAACUUAAAUAUUAAUUCUGGCACGUCUAAGUUCUUUUGAAUUGCUUAGAGUUCAUCAAACCACAUUAAAAAUUACUAUUAUUUAAAUCCGGGAACCUACUUUUGUGAAUACUUAUAUAUUUUCCAAUAGGAUUACCUUAUAAUUUGAGGUCGGCGGUGAGUCAAAUUGGUGUCAUGUGGCACUGAAAGAAAAGUACAUAGUGAAGUAUUUUUUGUGAGAAUGUUUCGAAGUAAAAUAAGGAUACACACAUGUCGCAUAAUAUUGUUGACAUCUUUAGUGUGGUUACUUGUAGAUGUUGCACUCUUGGCUAUGUACUCUGAUUGUUUCGGUGAAGGUUGUAGUAAGAAGACAAAUGAAAUUGCUCUCAGAAGUAAAGAAGAAUUUCGUGGCAAAAAAGCUGCAAUAGCAGCAGCUUUACAAAGCAAUAUAGAAGAUGGAGACACAAAUUUGGAAGAGAAUGAAAUAGAGCAGGAUAUUGGUGAUGAUGGGUUAAUACUGCCUCCAUAUCCAAGGUCAAGGCUCAAGAGAUGGGCGCCUGUGUCCCCUGUCAGGCCUCAGGAUGAUUCUCCUGGAGAAAUGGGUAAAGCUGUAAACAUUCCAAUUGAACAAGAAAAGCUAAUGUUGGAUAAAUUUCAAGAGAAUCAGUUCAAUUUAUUGGCUAGUGAUAUGAUUUCAUUGAAUAGAUCACUAACAGAUGUUAGAUUUGAGAAGUGUAAGAACAAGCCGUAUCCAGACCUAUUGCCAACAACAAGUGUGGUGAUUGUUUUCCACAAUGAGGCAUGGACAACAUUAAUCCGUACCAUUUGGAGUACCAUCAAUCGUUCACCACGACCCUUGCUCAAAGAGAUUAUUUUGGUUGAUGAUGCCAGUGAAAAAGAACACCUGGGUAAAAAACUUGAGGACUACAUAAAAACGCUGCCGGUGCCGACGCGCCUUUUCCGAACGGAAAAUCGCUCGGGACUCAUUCGAGCGCGACUUUUGGGCGCUAAACACGUCAAAGGGGACGUCAUUACCUUCUUAGAUGCUCAUUGUGAAUGCACAGAGGGCUGGUUGGAACCGCUACUAGCUAGAAUUGUGGAAGACAGAACAACUGUAGUGUGUCCCAUCAUUGAUGUUAUUUCCGACACGACCUUCGAGUACAUACAGGCGUCCGACAUGACGUGGGGUGGUUUUAAUUGGAAACUCAACUUUAGGUGGUAUCGAGUACCGGAACGAGAGAUGUCAAGACGAGGUGGUGAUCGUACAGCACCGUUACGCACACCGACAAUGGCGGGAGGGUUGUUCGCGAUAGACCGCGAGUACUUUUAUAAGAUCGGCUCCUAUGAUGAGGGCAUGGACAUUUGGGGUGGAGAGAACCUUGAGAUGAGCUUCCGGGUGUGGCAGUGCGGCGGCCGGCUGGAGAUAGUGCCGUGCUCGCACGUGGGCCACGUGUUCCGCGACAAGUCGCCGUACUCGUUCCCCGGCGGCGUUCAGAACGUCGUGCUCCACAACGCGGCGCGCGUCGCCGAAGUGUGGAUGGACGAGUGGGGCGAGUUCUAUUACGCCAUGAAUCCAGGCGCCUUGAACGUGCCUGUGGGCGAUGUCAGCGAACGUAAAGCGCUGAGACAGAGGCUUAAGUGCAAAAGCUUCAGAUGGUACUUAGAGAACAUUUACCCGGAGAGCCAGAUGCCGUUGGACUACUAUUUCUUGGGAGAGAUUCGUAACGCGGAGACCUCGAACUGCUUGGACACGAUGGGCGGCAAAGCUGGACAGGCAUUGGGAAUGGGUUACUGUCAUGGUAUGGGUGGUAACCAAGUGUUUGCGUAUACAAAACGCAAGCAAAUCAUGUCGGACGACAACUGUUUGGACGCGGCGAAUCCACGAGGACCCGUCAAGCUUAUACGGUGUCACGGGAUGCGUGGCAAUCAGGAGUGGACUUAUGAUACGAAGACACGUAUUAUAAAGCACACGAACACGGGCAUGUGUCUGGACAAGCCGGAGUCUUCGGACGUGUGGAAGCCGGUGCUGCGGCCGUGCAACAGAUCGCGUGGUCAGCAGUGGCUAAUGCAGGUCGACUUCAAGUGGCAGGCGCGCCGCAACGCACACAGCCCGCCCAGCUAGUGACGCGCGUCUAUUACUAAUCUUACAACGAUAGACCAUGAAAGUCUUCCCCUGUCAUAAGAUAUCAGAUUUUAUUCCUUAUUCCUAUAUCUGAAAUAUUAUAGUUAGAUGUAUUAACACACUAGAUCCUAUGAAUUGUUGACAAUACAAAGAAAAGAGAAUGCUAUAAUUUGUAUUCCCUUUAAAAGUUGCUCAAAAUAAGUAUUUGUCUGACGUGGAGUGAGCUAGCUAUAUCUAUAAUUUUUAUUAUGAUAACUAUAAUUAACAAGACUUCUUAAGUAUAUGGACAUUUCUAAUGAGAUUAUAUAACUAUAUUUAGCAUUUAUAUGGCAAAACUCAAAGGCAGAAUUACCAAUUAUAAAUUAACAAAUAUUAAAAUCUACCCAAGUGAUAUAAUUUAAAAAAUUAGGACAUCAAACAAAAAUAGAUAUAUAAAAAAAAAUUGUGCAUUUUUGCUUUUGAGUUUGUAUGUGUAUCAAAGUUUAUUAGUUAUUUCUAUGAAAUACUCCUAUCCAUGACCGUUUAAUAUUUCUCUGAGAUUAUUUAAAAUUAUUUGAAUUUUUAUAACGUAUUGCCAGUCCGCCCGUUACUGUACGUUUGUUAUUUAGCAUAAUACAACGCUUCUUCUUCUUCGUCUUACUGUUUCUUUUAAUUACAAUUUAAUAUUAAAUAUAAUGUUUUAGUAACUCUCGCUAUAUAAACAAAUAUUACAGUUAUAUAAAAACAAUAAAUAUUUAGAUAAAUUAUGGUAUUCCAGUGCUUUGAUAAUAAUUUAGACUGAAAACUAUAUUCCAGAUAGAUAAUUUAUGUCCGAUUCCUAUAUUCAAAAAACUAUUCUUCACCGUUAGUAUACAUUUUGUUAUUUACCGAAGUAUCGUUUUUUACUAGAAACUAUAUAUUGUUGAAGUACUUCUUAUGAAUAAGGUUUCCAUGCACUUUAGCGCAGUAGAACGGAUCGAAAGUGGAAGGUAAAACUUAAUGUUUUUAAAAUAUAGGAACCAGGCAUUAGAAUGACUAUUUCGUGACAAGUACCUGUCAUUCCACAUUUUUUAUUAUGGUAAGGAUACACAAUGAGAGUCACACCUACAAAAAUGCCUGGCAGUGUGCACACACUGUACUUUCGUGUAAACUUACCAUUACAUAGUAUUGUGUUUUAUUAUAUCAUGAAAAUCCUUUCUUUAAUACAAGUGUAUUUGAAAUUUCUCUAAAAGACGUUUUCACAAAGUUAACUGAUAGAUUUUAUAGACUAAUUUUAUCGAGUGUUAUAUACAACGUUGCUGGAAGGUAUUAAUUCAAAUAUUUCUAGCCUGAUGUUGGUAGGAAAGUUUGCGCCACACAUUGAAAUAUAAUGUAUUUUAAUUAUACUUGUUUUUAUUAAUUAGUAAUUUAAAUUAUUAGUGUUAAUAUUUUGGCAGUUAUAAUAUAUAUAUCGUAUUUUUAUUUUUCUAUCGAAUGGUAAUUGCGGUGCUAAUUCUGAAUAGUUCCAUUUAUUUUAUUUCAAUUUUAACAUUUAGAAACGCUAGCGGCACAUGCAUGUGCCAUACUCAUUGCCAAUCCGCCGUUUAUUUGCCACCUAUUCCUAUAUUUAGUCUAUAUGCGUGUAAUUUAUUAUUAUAUUGAUUUUUCUAUGUAGUCUUCAGAGUUUUUUAUUAAAUUACUGCCAAUAAAAAGUGGGGACAGAGAACCGUAAUACGAAUAUUUUUUUGGUAAAAUUUUUGAUGUUAGUAGAACAUUUCGUUUCGUUUCGAUUCCUUUGUAUGGAAAAGGGUUAUAGUUCAUUUUAUCACUAAAUAUCUGCGUAAAGUUUCUAUAAAGUAUAUUGUUUUCGACAGCAUGACUAGCAAAAACUAAAGACACUAUAGAUACAAUAGCACCAGUUCAUAUAAGUCAUAUAUUUCUGCGUCAAAAAGCGAUAAUCUGUGUCGUAAUAAAAUACCAUGAAUGUAACUUUAUCAUGAAUUGCACUAAAUUCUAUUAUUAAAUACUUAAUAAAUUUGUCGAUCCUGUUUUAGAUGUUUACAAAAUCUGGUAAAUCUUAACUGAUCAAUACUUUUUAAUUAUUCAGUAAGCAAACAAAAAGUUUAUAGCAUUAGUAGAAUAUCCUAUUUUGAGGUUGUUUCGAUUAUCUGAGAAUUUAAUUGGCUAUUAUUAUAUGUAUUAUAUUAAUAUUUAUGAGUAUUGUAGCGAUUAGUCUGCUAAAUUAUUUAAUCGAUUCUAAAUGUCAAAUAUGUUGUAUAAAUACAGUAUUUCAUUGAGUUAUUAUGCUGACCGUACGUUCAGCUAAAUACGUGUAAAAGGGAAUACAUUCAUCAAACUAAAUGCUGCCUUAUAUUAAUUCAAAUCGAUUCUUGUUACCUACUUUAAUGUUAUUAAUAGGAAUUUGAAUAAGAUAUUUUAGCGCAUAUCGUGUAUAAUGUAGGAGGAUUUAAUGAAAUUGGAGUUAUUACCUUCUAAAUACAAAAUCUAUAGUAGCUUAGUAUAUUUUUGGAAUUCAUUCCUGUUAAUAUAUACAUAUAUGUCUGUGAGUAACAACGAAACAUAUUUAUAUGCACGUUUUGUUAAAUUUUUAUUGAUAAAUGAGAAGAGACGAAAUGCUGAGGUGCCGAUGUGAAAUACGUUUAGAUAUAACCUAUAUAUAUAUAUAUAUAUAUAUAUAUAGUGUCAACUACUUUUGACCUUACACUGCCAGAACUUAUUAAAACAUUCUAUCAUUAUCUUUUAAAUACUCAAGAACUAUGUAGAUUAUAGGAAAAUCCACAAAACGCACAUAUUUUUAAAUAGAUAAUUAAAACUGGCACCUCAGUAUUUCAGAAUCUUAAUGUGGCAACUCCAACGGUUUAUCGUCCUAAUUAUUUAAAAAUUAUUUUAUUUUAUUGUUCGAAGUUGUGACUAAUUGUAAUUUUGGCAUAAUUAUUUAUUUUAUCAUUUAUAAAUUUUCAAUCAUAUCAUUAUGCAAUCAUUUGUAAGUGAUCCUUUAUCUUUAGAAAUGAGAUUUUCUUUAUUGCGACAUCACUAUUCAGAGUUUAUAUAAUUAUGGUAUUAAGAUAUGUUAAUUUUUACAACAGUUACAGAAAUGUAUAUCAGUUAGUUUAUUUUUUUAUAUCUAAAAUAGAAAAUUAAAUGAGAAAUACAGCUACUUGCGCACGUGUAAUUAUUGUAAAUACUUUGUGUUAUAUAAAGAUUCGUCCAGUCGAUAGUUACAUCAAGAAGCAUUUAUUUGUUUAAACUAGAAUCUCUUUAUUAUUUCGACCGUUUUGUAAUAAAGCGUGCCAAAUUCUUUGAUGUAUUUAUGUUUCACCAUUCCAAUACGCAGAAAUUAAACGUGUUACUGAGAAAUUAUUUGGACUGAAUUG